CACACCGCACUCUCUCUCAUCACCCUCUCCCACCAAUUGUGUACCUUCCCUUGCUCCUUCUCACUUCACAACACUCACCCCAUUUUUCUACUCCUUUCCUUCUUCCCUCCUUUUAUUUCAUUUUUCUAACAAAAUGGAGGAAAGGGUGGUACCAAAGAGGCCAAGAGAAGAAGAGACCCUAGAGCACAAAGAUGCAUCAUUAGAUAGUUAUGAAUUACUAGAGUCCUCAUCAAAGAGACACAUGCCAUACAACCACAUACUAUCCCUCCUUGAAUCAGAGGAAGAUGACUCCACACAAGACCUCUCUCCUCUCAUCACUGCCCUCCAACAAGAAAUCACCAAUUGUGCCAAUGAUUCGGAUACCCUUUUGAGCCAACUCAACCUCACCAACCCCACAACAACAACUAAUAAUAAUUUAGAGUCUUGUUCAUCCUCAACAACUCAAUAUUCUAGUAACAUGGUGGAGGAACAUGAUGACAAAGAAGGGGUCAUGAGACACCUUCUUGAAGCUUCUGAUGAUGAACUUGGGAUUCCAAAUAAAGAGGAUGAAUCACUCGAUCAUGGUGAAGAUGGGUUCAAUUUCAACGGUGGGGACAUGUUUUCUUCCUUUUGUGAUGGGUUGUUGUGGGACCUUGAAGAUGAAGCUGCCAACUACUAUGAUCUCUUGCAGUCUCAACUCUUUCUUUAGUUUUUUUUUUUUUUUUUUGGUGGGGGUAGAAAGUGAAAAACCAAAGUUUUUCAUGCGUUCAAGAUGAAAUCCAAGGAGAAACAAAGGAAAAAUUUACACUCUUUUUUUUUCAGUUUUUUGUCCCCUCUUUUUGUAAAUUAAGAUCAUGGGAGGCUUACGUGGUUGGUUAUUACUUGGCAAUAUGUCGAUCUGUAGAAAAAGCAACUUGGCUUAUACUCACAUUACAUUACACAAAGUAAUAAUUAGCUAGUAAUGAUCUUCUUAACUCUUUCAUAUGUUUAUUUUAUUGACUUUUGAGGGUAAAUGAAAAAUGACUUCUCUUUA